AUGCCACAUCUCUCUGGUUCAGCUUCUAAGCUCCUGAUGCAGCAAAUGUCGACGAACCCUUUGAUGUACCAUCACUACACUUCUGAACCCAAGUCCCGGCUUCAGCUUCAGGAAAAUGUUUUUUCUUUCCGAGAAUCAUUUCAUCCGUUUACUGUUGAAGAGCUCUUUCACCGAUGCAAUGCGUUCAAUGUCUUUGAGUGAGAAGUACAACUGUAAUAACCCGAAGAGAGCUACCAAGGCGCGAGGACAGGUAUAUAGUAAAUAUUUUGUGAGAUUUACUGAAAAAAUUUUUCGUAAUGUUACAUUCGGUCCUAAAACGCUUUCUGCGCUUGAAGAAACGCUAAACCUUGGAACCAGGCUUUAAAUCAUGUUUUAUAUUCUUCCAAAAUUUCACCUAAACUGGCCUUGAAAAGAAAAAAAUCAGAGUUCUUGAACGAUUAUAGAUUAUUUUGAAGCUCAUUUACUUGUCGUUCAUUAUUUUUCUCUCUAACAGAAAUUUACAGAACUAUGCGGACGCAGAAUUGGAAAGGGCUUUUCAACUUCAGAAGCAAGUCGCGCAUAACGACUUCUCAGGCCAACAGAGUUAUAUAAACAGCUCUCCGAUGCGCUUUUCCAAACAGCCGAGCCAUCAAAACUCGCAGAAGUACCUGCUAAAUAGCCAGCUCGCCAAUUAUUACCGUGCCGAAAUGUCACCCAACAGCGUCAACUUUGAUCCCCAAAUGGACUUACAUUCACAUGGUAGAAAAAUACAUCCUACAGUUUUUCAUUUUUUUUUUUCCUCCUAGCUUCCGAUGAAUACGUUUUCGGCAGCAGUGGCUCGAACAGGAUGGUCGGCGGCGGAGAAUACGGACGGAUGAGUCUCGUCGAGGGGCCGAAGAUGAUGAUGUCGGUGCAGGAUGUCCAUUCCUCCAGGAGUGUCGGGGGGCCCGUCACUCGCAAAAACCGCAUGGUCGAGAUGACUUCCAUCGACGAAGGUUUCUAUUCGGUCCCACAACGAUUAGAAAGCUGUUCUGUAUCCCGAAUUGAUCGACUAUCUUGGGAGAGCAAUUUCAGAGCCAUAAUAUUGCAAUAAUUAAGGGAAUCGAUAAUUUCUGAAAUAAACGUCUGCACGUUUAUAUUAAAAGAUUUUUCGAAAAAUCUUUCGCUCAUAAUGACGAUUUAGUAUGAGGACAUACUCAUCUGACAAGAACUCUUUUCUUAAAAAAUCUUUCCUCCAUUUUUGACCAAAAUUUUAUUGUUUUAGUGAAAAUGAAGUAGUUAAGAACCAUUUUUGAAAAAAUUUAGUUUUGUUGCCUUUUUAUUGUUGACGACUAACUCUUCGAUUACACCAUGAUUCAGCAGAGAUUUUCAUCAUCUUACUCUGAAGACUGAAUAAAAUGAAGUGAAGUGAAAUGACAUUUUAUAGAAAAAUCGGUAAGAAGAAUUUGUCACUGCCAUGUCUGAUUCAUUGAAAUGAAAGUUUUCCAUUCAGAAAACGGAUCUUCUCCUUUGGCGAUGGUGGUGUUGAGUGAUCCCUCUAGUGGCCACAACUCAAGAUCUACGCGAAUCGUCAAAAUCCCAACGCGUCCUGGAGCUCCCAAGAACUCCAAUCCACUCUCCAACGCCGUCGAGCCUCUUUUUUCGCGUAAAGUUUUUGUCGGCGGCCUUCCAAUUGACGUCACCGAAGGUUUGAAAAAAAAAAGAAAUUUGAGUUAUUUUAAGUUUCAAGAGGAAGUUUGGGCCACUUUUGCCGCUUUCGGAAAAGUUCUGGUUGAUUGGCCUCGCCGUCCAGAGCAUGGCCGUGGCGAUUUUUUUGAAGAUGCGCCUCGUAAAGGAUGUUAGUUUUUUAAUCACAUCUGAUGGGUCUAAAAUUAGUUCUGAGCAAGAAUGUGUCCCAAAGAGAAUACUACACCAUGGAACGAAGUUUUUGGUUCCUCUUAGAUACGCUAAAAUCCUAUUAAGAUGAACUGGACAACUUUUAUAACAAAAAACCAGAAAUACUGUUCACAAGGUAGUUUCCGAACAACAAUACCUACGCAAAGUUUUUCGUUUUCUGCUGCCUUACCCAAAGAUUGCACGCCCAAUAAACCGCAAGUAGUUCAGCCCGAUCGGUGUCCGGUUACGUUUUCCUGGUUUUCGACCAGGAGGAGUCGGUACAGCGCCUUGUCAGUCAUUGUGUGGAGCAAGACAACAGGUUUCUUUGCUUUGCUUUGUUGCUGAACGAACACUCGUGUUUCCUCAGAUACUACUUGUUCGUCUCGUCGCCGACUAUGAGCGACAAGCCGGUUCAGGUCCGCCCGUGGCGUCUUUCCGACAUCGACUACUUUGCUGACAAGGAUGCGUUCAUCGAUCCACGCAGAACUGUGUUCAUUGGCGGUGUCCCAAGACCUACAAAAGCGAGUUGGUAGCGUGUCCAGAAUCCUUUCCGCAUUUUCUGCUCAGGAGACCUUGCGGAGUGUCUUCAACGCUACUACGGCCAAGUCUCCUACGUUGGUAUUGACAUUGAUCCGGAGCUCAAAUAUCCAAAAGGCGCCGCUCGCGUCACUUUUGCCAGUUCAACUUCUUUUGUAGCCGCUAUUACGGGACGUUUUGUGCACGUAAACCAUUCUGAGACUAAUAAAAGGGUUGGUUACUUGGAUAUCUGGAUUAUUUAAAUGCGUUCCCCUUGUAGGUGGAAAUCAAGCCCUAUGUGAUGGAAGAACAGAUCUGCGACGAGUGCGAGGGCCAGCUGUGUCGUUUCAACUACGCGCCUUACUUUUGUGGCGAUCCUUCGUGCCUGCAGUUCUACUGCGAAACUUGCUGGGACCGCGUUCAUUACGUUUGCUCUGAGAACCGCUCGCAGCACCGUCCUAUGGUCAGGACUGGAGAUCAGACCAGGGUCCGUUUCUGCAAAGUUUCUCUUUCUCUUUCGUGAAAGAGCAUUUUGAAGUUUGAUACAAGUUGUAUGAUUUGACGAGUUUUUCAAAGUUUGGACAAUGUCGAUUGACUUGUAGCUGGCUACUGUCUUUUUUGUCCAAACGUCAAUUAAAUUUUGAAAUAGUUAUUUUUGAAAAAAAAAUUUCAGAACGGUUUUUUAAAAUCUUUCUCGGAGUAUUUGAACAUUUUCACUUAGAAUAACUGACGAUAUAAACGCGAGGUCGGUGGCGGUACAUUGACGAACUCGCAAAAAUGUCGCUUUUUUCUAGGCGCGAUCUCGCAUUUAUCUCGCAUUUCAGGAAAUUUUCAAAAUGCGAGAGAAAUGCGAGCUCGCGCCUAGAAAAGUGCGAGACCGGCGCGAGAAAAAAAGCGAGAUGUUUGCAAGCUCGUCAAUGUACCGCCAGCGUCUCGCGUUUAUCUCGGCAGUUAUUCUUAGUGUUUUCAAAAAAGAAAACGUUGAUUUCAAAAUUAGUUGAAACUAAAAGAGAGGGUUGAAUUUUGAGGAACAAAAAAAGCUGAAGAAUGAUUCAAAAAUGCCGACGUGUCGAAUGAAUGAAUCUUUCUGUGCUUCUGCGUUUCAUGAAUCGAAUUCUUGAGAUGAGGGUUAAGACUUCUGAAUUUUCAGGUGCUUCCCCGUCCGCCGCACCACGGCUCCAACGGUCUGCAAGUUCAGCGUCGCGCCCCCAACUUCGUCCUCAACCUUUCGAAUUCGAUGCGACUUUCCAACGCCGGAAGUCGUUUGUCCUCCCAGAAUCUCUCUUCUUCUGUAUAUGGAUCCACACUCACUUACUAA